AUGGCGCGCAAGUUCUUUGUCGGCGGCAACUUUAAGAUGAACGGAACCAUCUCGUCCGUCACAGAAAUUGUCGAGAACUUAAAUAAAGCUCAGCUAGACCCCAACACUGAGACUGUCAUAGCCCCACCGGCUCUCUACCUCCUCCUCGUUCGUGAACACGCCAAAAAGGAUAUCGGCGUUGCCGCGCAGAAUGUAUUUGAUAAGCCUAACGGCGCUUUCACGGGCGAGAUAUCUGUCUCCCAGUUGAAGGACAGUGACAUCAACUGGGUCAUUCUCGGCCACUCCGAACGGCGGACCAUCCUAGCCGAGAGCGAUCAGGUUGUUGCUUCAAAGACAAAAUAUGCUACCGAGAAUGGUGUUAGUGUUAUCUGGUGCUGCGGCGAGUCCUUGGAGCAACGGGAGGCUGGCAAGACCCUUGAAGUUAUCGCUUCCCAGCUCGCCGCUCUGAAGGCCCAGAUCUCGGACUGGAGCAAGAUUGUCAUUGCCUACGAGCCUAUCUGGGCUAUUGGCACCGGCAAGGUUGCUACUACCCAGCAGGCUCAGGAGGUCCACGCCUCCAUCCGGGCUUGGCUGGUCAAGAAUGUUAACGAGGCUGUUGCCGACCAGACAAGAAUCUUAUACGGCGGCAGUGUCAGUGAGAAGAACUGCAAGGACCUGAGCAAGGAGAAGGAUAUCGACGGCUUCCUCGUCGGCGGUGCUAGUCUUAAGCCUGCAUUCGUGGACAUCAUCAACAGCAAGUUGUCGUGA